AUGCGAUCAACUAAUAAAGAACGCCGUCACGAUGUGCUGAGCGCAACUCUCGUGUCAUCCAUACCACUCCGCCGCCAGCAACCUGACCUAUCAUAUCAAACGUCUCAUCGUUGCUCGCUGUGUUCACUUUGUACCGAGAUUCGUUUGCUAAUCCUCGCACGUCUCACCACCACCGAGGAGGUCGAACAAGUGUCUCGCUCUUGUGGCCGUCUCACCAGUGUGCGUUUGCGUUUCGAACAAUCCAUCGCCCACGUACUUCUGGCCAACUUCUUUUCUGGCAAAGAGUUGCUGAUAAGAGCCGCAAGUGUCGUCCAGGCCCUAGAGGGAUCAACCAUAUUGAUCAACCAAAUUGAGAGACAACUCAACCUCUUUCAUGCUUAUAUGAGCGACGACCGUGAAAUUAUCCCCAAAUUGCUCACGUUCGAGGACGUCAACGCCUUCCACAUGCGCCACGCACAGACCCAAAUAAUGACUGAAAUAAUACGCGAGACUAUCAUGAUGCGUAUGGAUUAUCACAUCGGACCGGUGCAGUAUCCCAAGGAAUACGAAUCGACACCGACGGAGCAGCACCAAAUAGAGCUCACGUUGUAG